AGACUAGCGCAGCACAUUCCGCUGGUCCAGUCCACGCAGAGCUAGAGACCCCAUCCAUCACCCAUGGCGUCCGGCUGGCCGCGGCAGCAGCUGGCGGUGGUUGUGGUGGUGACGGCGCUGGUGGCCGGGCUUGCACCGCCGUGCGGCGCGCAGGCGCAGGUGAAGAGCCGGUUCAAGGCGAUCUUCAUGUUCGGCGACUCCAUCGUGGAUCCCGGGAACAACAACGGGAAGCUGACGGAGGCGAGGGCCGACUUCCCGCCGUACGGGCAGGACUUCCCCGGCGGCGUCGCCUCCGGCAGAUUCUCCAACGGCAAGGUCCCCGGUGACAUGUUAGCUUCUAAGUUGGGUAUCAAGGAGCUGUUGCCAGCUUACAAGAAUCAGAACCUUGAACUAAAUGACCUACUUACUGGUGUGUCCUUUGCCUCCGGAGGCAGUGGAUAUGAUCCCCUCACUUCUAUACCAUCGACUGCCAUUUCGAGUUCAGGACAACUUGAUUUAUUCAGCGACUACAAACAGAAGCUUGCAUCUUUGAUAGGGGAGGAGGCAAUGACACGUGUCAUCUCAGAAGCAGUCUUCUUUACUGUCAUGGGCGCAAAUGACUUGCUCAACAAUUAUUUUAUUCUUCCUGUGAGAAGGCAUCAAUACGACGUUCCAGGCUACGUGGACUUUCUUGCCUCCAACGCAGUCAACUUUUUGUUGAGAAUGAAUGAGAUGGGGGCUAAGAUGAUUGGAUUCGUCGGCGUUCCACCACUUGGUUGUUGUCCCUCACAGAGAACAGGCCCAUCAAGAGAAUGCGAACCAAUGCGUAAUCAAGCAUCAGAAUUAUUCAAUGCGAGAAUGAAGCAGGAAAUAGAUCGGCUUAAUGCAGAACGAAAUAUUAUUGAUGGUUCAAGGUUUCUUUACAUUGAUAUAUACUACAAUUUGCUUGACAUUAUUCAAAGACCUGCUUAUUAUGGUUUCAAGGAUACAUCUGACGGAUGCUGCGGCAACACGGUGCUAAAUGCUGCCAUUUUCAUUAAAUAUCACAGUGCAUGUCCAAAUGUUUAUGACUAUAUUUUCUGGGACAGCUUCCAUCCUAGCGAAAAGGCCUACAACAUAGUGGUUGAUAAGCUUAUCCAUCAAAACCAGCAGUAUCUGAUGUAAAGGAAUUUAAAUUACAGAUAUGUUUACAGGGAGUCUAUAAAUGAUUCGAAAUUGAUCAUCACUCGUAAGAAAAGUAGUGUGUCUGUGUGCGCGAUUCCAAAUCAACUAGCUGUCAUAUAUUAAUAUGUAAAGUACUGAGCCUUCGUUGGAAGAAGUAUAGUAGGGGAACCCCUACACUCGAGCAUUUCCUAAGAUUUAGAAUAUAAAUGCUGUGGCAUCUAUCUAUCCAUGUACUCAUUUCUAUAUAAAAAUAAAAUAAAUCUAAUACUAGAUGAGACUUAUUCUAGUACUACUGU